AUGGAGCAGCUAUUUUUGACCUUCAGAGGACCUCCUGCCCUCUCGGAUUUUCGGUGUGCUGCCCUUGCCAGCAAAAUCGGAGCUUUGGGCGCUCGAGCUUUUGAAGUCUAUUACGUUGCCCUGAAAGAAAAAGUCACUCCAGAGGUUCAGUCUGCGCUCAACCGACUCCUGCUAGGAGAAGAUGUCGGUACUGGUACAGGAACAAAGCCAAUGGACUCUGGUGACCAACAGGUCACCUAUUACAUAACACCUAGAACCGGCACUAUUUCUCCAUGGAGUUCCAAAGCGACCAACAUUGCCCAUGUGUGCGGCUACGAAGACACCGUCAAGCGCAUUGAAAGGGGCCUGGUCAUGACUAUUACAUUCCACGCCAACCUGCCGCCUUUCCUGUCCUCUUUCGCCAAUGAGCUUCAUGAUCGGAUGACCGAGGAGCUAUCUGCCCAUCCUCCGGACUUGCAUGCUAUGUUCGCAGAGCAUGUCCCUGCUGCGGCCAAGCCAGUACCCAUCCAUGAGCACGGCACGGACGCCCGUAUGCUCCUCAACAAAGCUAACUUGGAGCUCGGUCUGGCAUUGGACGGCCCAGAAAUCGACUAUCUGAUUGAAUCUUUUUCACUGAGCGGACCGCUUGCGAGAAACCCUUACGACAUUGAGCUUUUCAUGUUCGCGCAGCUUAACUCUGAACAUUGCCGGCACAAACAGUUCAACGCCCAAUGGAUCAUUGACGGAGAGGUUAAACAACGAAGUCUCUUUGAAAUGAUCCGCAGUACGCAAGCCAAAAAUCCACAGUCGGUCAUUAGCGCGUAUAGUGACAACGCUGCCGUCAUGGAAGGUUUCAUGGGCAGCCAUCUAUCGGUAGACCCAGAGACUCACGAGUGGAACCAAGUUCCGGAGAUGGUCCACUAUCUGGCUAAGGUCGAAACUCAUAAUCAUCCGACUGCUGUUUCGCCAUACCCUGGUUCUGCUACUGGUUCCGGAGGAGAGAUUAGGGACGAGGGAUCGGUCGGACGCGGCUCCAAGCCCAAAAUGGGGCUCUGCGGCUUUGCAGUAUCAGACCUCCUGAUUCCGGGAUUUCAACAGCCGUGGGAAUGGGCGAUAGGAAAGCCUAAUCACAUUGCCAGCAGCUUGGACAUUAUGAUUGAAGCGCCUCUUGGCAGUUCGUACUUCAACAACGAAUUCGGAAGACCAUGCUUAACCGGAUAUUUCCGAACAUUACUCGCGCGACUACCACUCGAGGACAAUCAAAGCGAAAUGAGAGGUUAUCACAAACCUAUAAUGCUGGCUGGCGGCGUUGGAAACGUGCGACCGGAACUCGCCGUUAAGGAUCCCCGUCACGUCGCCUCUGGCUUCUGUGUAAUCGUUCUAGGGGGUCCUGCAAUGCUUAUUGGCCUUGGAGGCAGCGCCGCUUCCAGCGUCAGCAGUGGCGCCAGUUCCGUCGAUAUCGAUUUCGCCAGUGUCCAACGUGGGAAUGCCGAAGUUCAACGGCGUGUGCAGGAAGUCAUCAACGCCUGCAACGCUAUGGGACUGGCCUCGCCGAUCAAAUUGAUACAUGAUGUCGGUGGUGGCGGCUUAGCGAAUGCACUCCCUGAAAUAGUGCAUGACGCUGGGUUUGGAGCGACUUUCGAGCUGCGCGAGAUUGAUAAUGCGGACCGGGGCAUGAGCCCGAUGCAGAUCUGGUGCUGCGAGGCACAAGAACGCUACGUCGUGAUUGUGGAUCAAAAUGAUCUUCCGUUGAUAAAGCGCAUAGCGAAUCGGGAGCGGUGUGGAUACUCGGUCGUAGGAAAGGCGACUGUAUCAGAGAGUGGGGAGAAGAGACUGAUUUUGUUGGACCGCGAGUCGAUAGAUAUUCCAACACCGAUCGAUCUUCCGAUGUCCGUCCUAUUUGGCAAGCCGCCUAGAAUGACCAGAGUAGUGGACUCGAGGAGGUUGGCACUACCUCCUUUCGAAGCUAGUUUGACGACCUACAUUCCCGGCAUCCCAGUUGAAGGCGUUUUGGAAGAAGCGGUAUCCAGAGUACUUGCUUUACCCUGUGUUGGCUCCAAGUCAUUCCUCAUAACCAUUGGCGACCGGAGUGUGGGAGGUCUAGCGGUCAGAGACCAAAUGGUCGGCCCAUGGCAGGUACCUGUCGCCGAUGUGGCCGUAUCUGCCACCUCUCUCACAGCUGGAAUCAAGACUGGCGAAGCCAUGGCAAUGGGUGAGCGGCCAAUGUUGGCUUUGAUUUCACCUGCUGCUUCGGCUCGUAUGGCUGUUGCUGAGGCUCUACUCAAUCUCGCAGCGGCUGACUUGGUAGGACUCUCGCGUGUAUGUUGUUCGGCCAACUGGAUGGCAGCUACUUCCCAUCCAGGUGAAGGCGCUGCUCUCUAUGAGGCAGUCGCAGCAGUCGCAGCCGAUCUAUGUCCCAAGUUAGGCAUCAGCAUUCCAGUCGGAAAGGACUCGCUGUCUAUGAAGAUGAAGUGGACCGACGAGUCCAAGCAGAAAGAAGUUACUGCGCCUUUAUCUUUGGUCGUAUCGGCAUUCGGACCAACUCGAAAUAUCCAUCAUACCUGGACCCCGACAAUUCAGAGACCUGGAGACGUUGGAGAAACAGCCUUAUUUCUGAUUGACCUUGCAAAAAAUCGAAAAGCGCUAGGGGGUUCUGCAAUUGCGCAGGUAUUCAAUCAAAUAGGCAAUCUCGCUCCCGAUGUUCAUGACGCACAUCUUUUGAAGAGCUUCUUUGACGUCUUGGGCCAGCUUCGUGGUAUCGUUCUGGCCUACCAUGACAGGUCUGAUGGUGGACUUUUCACUACUCUUGCAGAGAUGAUGUUUGCAGGAAGAUGUGGACUGAAUAUCACCCUGGACGAAGUAUGCAACGCGGAAUACAUGGACACAAAGAGUAUUAUCGAAACGCUCUUCAACGAAGAACUCGGCGCGGUCUUUCAAGUACGUGAACGAGACCAGGUUGAAUUUUGCCACGCAAUCACGGAUGCUGGCUUCCCUGGGAGCCUGGUGAAGAAGAUAGGUUCUGUCUCGAAUACGCAGGAGCUUAUCAUCUCCCAUAAGUCCAACACGGUAUAUCGCAAUUUCCGUGCGACUCUCCAGCAACGCUGGGCCUCUACGUCGCAUCAGAUACAGCGACUCCGAGACAACCCUAUCUGCGCCGACAGCGAACAUGCUGCCAUCCUUGACUCUUCCGAUCCAGGCCUUUCGUACCAGCUUACCUUUAAUCCCAGAGAUCGCCCAGUACCGUUCCCGGCCUCCCGACCCCAAGUUGCAAUUCUUCGUGAGCAGGGUGUAAACGGACAUUCCGAAAUGGCCUUCGCUUUUCUAAAUGCUGGAUUCGCCGCCGUUGAUGUACAUAUGACAGAUCUGCUUGCUGGGCGUGCCCACCUCGCAAAUUUUGUUGGCUUGGCAGCAUGUGGCGGUUUCUCUUACGGCGACGUCCUCGGUGCUGGCCGCGGCUGGGCUGAAUCCGUACUCAGACAUCACUCCCUGCGCGAGCAGUUUCAAAACUUCUUUGCCCGCAGAGACACUUUCGCUCUCGGAGUCUGCAAUGGCUGUCAAUUUCUCACACGGCUCCGCCAACUCAUUCCUGGUGCAGAUGACUGGCCCAUAUUCACUCGAAAUCAGAGCGAGCAGUACGAAGCUCGUGUCUGCGAAGUUGAGGUUCUCGACCAUGGUUCACCAAGUGUCUUCCUGCACAGCAUGACUGGAUCCAAGCUUCCCAUCACGACGGCGCAUGCAGAAGGGUACGCACGCUGCCAAUCACCUGGUUCUGAAGAGGCUUUGCUGGAAGCGGGAACGGUUGCAGUCCGCUAUGUGGACAACUAUGGAAAGCCAACAGAAAAGUAUCCGGCCAACCCGAACGGGAGCCCGCUUGGCAUCGCCGGCGUCAGAACGAAGGAUGGCAAAGUCCUGGCGAUGAUGCCGCACCCAGAAAGAACGGUACUAGCUGGCGUAGCGAGCUGGAUACCGAGAGGGAAGACGGAAGAGUGGGGAAACUCGGGCCCUUGGGCACAACUGUUUUUCAACGCGCGACGCUGGGUGGGAUGA